AUGUUCUCAUUCAUUGAUGCUACAGGAGAUGAGCACUAUAAAGCCAUCCAGUGGCUCUGCAAAGGACAGACUGCUUUUUGGGGAGAUAACUACACCCUUCCUCUCUUGAAUGAACUUGAAUUCAACAGACUCAGAUUCAUCAUUUUCCCUCUGCUUUCCAUUGGGGACAUUCUGUGGUUCUACAAUGUGGAUGAGAUCCUGGACUAUCUGGUGCAGAUAUUCAAGGGUGUCAAGUUCUGUCAUGACAACUUGAUUGCACAUCUUGAUCUUGAUAGCGAUAAUAUUCUUUUCAACUUCCUAGGAGGUCGGAGAGAGCCUGCUGAGGAUACAGAAACUGAUGUCACUGGGCCAUUUCAAUCUCACUUUCCUAUUCAAUACUAUAUCAACAAUUUUGAAACUGAAGACUUGGAUCCUUCAAGCAGAAAAAUCACUGGCCUAUCCAAUGACUGUGUGGGUAGAGCAGGGGAAUAUGAUAGAGAGUAUGCUCUGGAAAUGCUUCUUAGUGAACCCUAUUGCCCCUUCAAGGUUGAUGUAUGGUAUUUGGAUUGA